UCCUUCAGAGGCAGAUGAAGCCCAAGCUUCCACCUGCUGCAUCAGAAUCGGAAGCACUACCGACACUCACAUGAUACUGUUAAGUUUGGUUUGGGGGGAAAGGAGCUCAAUGAUGAACGGCACAACGCAACAUAUCAAGCUGGGGAUACCUGCCGAAUUUACUGAAACACACCAGCGAUUAAGAGGACUCACAAAAGAGGGUCCGACAAUAUUCACUACUUGCUAAACGGAAGCAAAGAGUUACUAUGAUUCUGCAUCUUUCAAAUUGUAAGCAAGUCUGCGAUCGAAGGAAAAUGUAUAUACCUGAAGCCAUCAUUACUAUAAAAAAGUUCCUGUAUUAUAGAACAUAUGAACUCUCUCUCUUAUCAAACUGAGGAUUAACAUUUUUCCUAAGGUACGACAGAAAUUCUACAAGUACUGAUCUUGACUGAUUCUGCCUUUCCAUAUUCCAAACAUGACCUCUACAGAUAUCUUUGGAUCCACCAACAAUUUAAGCACUUUGGCACUGAAGUCCAAAGCAAUCUACCUAGCAGGGAACCAUACCAUGGAAAUUUACACAGUGCCCACAUCUCCAGUACUUUGCAACAGCACAUAUUUCGAACUAAACGGAUCGUACCUGGGCAAUGAAAGCAAACCUCUCAACCUUACAGAUAAAACGGAACACCAGCAAUACAUUAUAAGUCUUUUCUUAUCAUGCCUUUACACAAUAUUCCUUUUCCCUAUAGGCUUUGUAGGAAACAUCCUUAUUUUAGUGGUGAACAUCAGUUUUCGUGAAAAGAUGACUAUUCCAGACCUAUACUUCAUAAACCUUGCCGUAGCAGAUCUCAUUUUGGUUGCUGACUCCCUCAUCGAAGUCUUUAAUCUUGACGAAAAGUAUUACGAUAUCACAAUAAUUUGUACUUUCAUGUCCUUGUUCCUUCAAAUCAACAUGUACAGCAGCAUUUUCUUCCUAACGUGGAUGAGUUUUGACAGAUACAUAGCACUGGCAAAAGUAAUGAGGUCCAACCUGUUUCGUACCAUGGAGCACGCCAGAUUAAGCUGCGGCCUCAUUUGGUUGGCGUCCAUCUCUGCAGCCCUAGUGCCCUUUACAGCUGUACAUUUGCAACACACGGGAGAAGUUUACUUUUGCUUUGCAGAUGUAAAAGAAAUCCAGUGGCUAGAAAUAACCUUAGGGUUUAUCAUUCCUUUUGCUAUCAUAGGUCUUUGUUAUUCACUAAUUGUUAGAGUCCUGAUAAGAGCCCACAAGCACAGGAGUUUGCGAAUACGCCGUCAGAAAGCUCUUCGCAUGAUCGUUGUCGUCGUCCUCGUCUUCUUCAUCUGCUGGCUUCCUGAAAAUGUGUUUAUAAGUGUGCAGCUUCUCCAAAAGACGGAGCAAACCUCAUUGCGAAGCCACUCUUUCAGACAUAACUACCCCUUAACAGGACACAUUGUGAACCUUGCGGCCUUCUCAAACAGCUGCCUUAAUCCACUGAUCUACAGUUUCCUAGGUGAAACUUUCAGAGACAAACUGAAAUUGUAUAUUGAACAGAAAACCAAAGUGUCUGUUUUAAAUCGCUUUUGUCAUGCUACCCUGAAAUCAGUUAUUCCCGAUAGCACUGAGCAAUCGGAAGUUUAA